AUGGGCUUUUCGUUCGAUCAAUAUUUCACCUCAGGGGGCGCCGUCAAUUGGCAAGCGGUGAAGGACCUCACAUACGAGUGGAAGUUUGUCCUCACUUGCGCGGCCCUCUACGUUGCUGUGGUCAAGCUCUUCAACCAGUCACGACCACGUCCAGCGGCAAGGUUCACUAAGACGGCGGCUUUUCGAUACUUUUGCUUCGUCCACAACUUGGCUCUUUCACUCUACAGCGGCUGGACGUUCCUCAGCGCCGUGCCCAUCAUUCACCGGCAAUUUUGGCGUUCUGACUUGCAGCCCAUCCAGCGCAUUUGCUCUGCUGAUCAGGCCGUCUUUCACGCAGGUCUUGGCAGGUUGACAUACAUCUUCUACCUGUCCAAAUUCUACGAAGUGCUCGACACGGCCAUCAUCCUCGCGAAGGGCAAACGAUCCCCCUUGUUGCAGACGUACCACCAUGCUGGCGCCAUGAUUACCAUGUUUGCCGGAGGCAAGUACAGUGCGACACCUAUCUGGCUUUUUGUUGUCUUCAACAGCUGGGUACACUUUUGGAUGUACUUGUACUACGCCAGUGCCACAUUGAAGCUGCCCUUCCCACGGCUACUCAAGCAGUCAUUGACGACCAUGCAAAUCACUCAAUUCCUUGUUGGUGGCAGCUCAGCCGCGGCCUUCUUUUUCCUCAAGCCGGAGGAUGCCUCAGAAUGUCUUCCCAACUUUGGCGCACGCCUUGCGACUGGUCUCUGUUUGGCCUACCUGACGCCGCUCACAUGGUUGUUUGUCCAGUUCUUCAUCAAUGAGUACAAGCGGCCCAAGACGGACGCCAAGCGUGCAGUCAAAUCUGCUGAACAGGCUGUCAAUUCAUCGCUCAAAGCGCGUAAAUGA